CACUUGAUAAAUGCGCCCCUCGAGGGGCCUUGGUUCCUCACUCCGUCAGCUCAGCUCCUUCAGAGAGCACCACUUGUGGGACGCAACACAAGCACCUGAUGCACGGCUGCACAGCUCGUGUGCUAAAACAUUACAUCAACUACAACAUCUGUACGACCGAUCAUGAACCCUACCUCAGUGCAUUUCUAAGGCCUCAUGGCGUCUUGACUUGCCUAUCCAUUGUCAGUCAGCAGGUCUUUGUGCUGGCUGACUGGACCCAGAGCCAUCUGGUGGAAAUAGGAAGGAGUGGAGAGAUAGGCAAGACAUACAAGAUGGAAGUCCAAGCAAACGUCUGGGGAAGUCUGCCAGCACUGUGUCUGGGGCUGACAGAGAGCAGCUGGAAAAGCAGCUAGGACGUACUUAUCCAAGCAAACAAAACAGCUGGAAAAGUUAAUGUCAGCGUCGUUUGAGCUGUGACUAUUUCGCUGUCCAUGUGUAUUUCGCUCAAGGGAAUUAUCCAAUUCACAAGGAAAAAAAACCCAACGAGAUUCACAGAAACCGACGUUGUGCACAAAUAUUCCAAAAAGAAAACUGACCGUAUUAAGUGGCUGCACGCGACAAAAGAGACAACAGAAAAAGAAAUCACAAUAGCCACAGGUGUCUGUGUGGAUCAGCUUUAGAAGCACCGAACCUCAGUCAUCAGAAGCAUGGCUACACCUGAUCCGCCAGAGCCAGCAGCGGCAGCCCCAACUCCUCCAAGCGUGACCUAUGACCCCAGAUCCGAGACAGUCACCCUGCCUGGUGGCAUCGUCUCGGUCGCCGGUGUGACCGUGGUGACGGGUGGCACAGAGAUGAGCUGUGGCUCCUGCACUCUGGCCCUGGGCAUGUGGGGGACCCUGAUUGGCAUCAGCGUGGUGGCCGUGGGGCUGCGGGACCGGCUGGUGGACCAGAGCACCAGCGGCUCCAUCCUGCUCACCAUGGGGCUGGUCAUCCUCUCGGUCAGCGUUGCCAUGGUGGCUUUGGUGGGACUGUACCGGCUGUGGCGCUGCAAGGCGGGCCGGUCGAAGGAGAGGGAUGAAGGCAAGAUGGUGCUCGUUGAGGACGCAGACAGUGGGGUCAUUAAAACCGUCACUGUGUGAAAGUUGGGAGUGUAACAUGCCAGAUGCUUCUUUAGUGAUCUUCGAGAAUUAUGAAUUUUCUCCAUUUCAAAGGAUAACUUAUUUUUUGUUUUGGAUUCACUGAUGACAAUGUACCUCCAGGUUAUAUGUUCUGUUACCUACCAAGGAUUCUCUUCCAUUUCAUUGGACAACUUUGGUUUUGUUUUGGAUGCAUUAAUGAAAAGUAAGAAGAGUUCACAUGCAUCAACUAUUUUCAGUUACACAGAUACGUUUGUUUGUUUGCCUUUUUUAAAAAAUUUUUUUUAAAGUUGACUUUUCAGUAAUACAUUAUUUGGUCAGCACCCGAAAAGAAAAGAAAACUUUUUUGGGUGAAGCCUUCUCCAAUGUUUAUGAACUUGGAAACAUUAAUGACAAUGUACUGUCUGCCUUCAGGCUACACGCCCCGCCAUCUUGUUUGAGGUUAAUUUAGUGUCUCUAAAGGACUGUCUGUGUAAGACCAUGAUAUGCCUGACCCUCACUGUUAAUCCAUUUGCUGAAUCACAGAAGAAUGUGACAGGAAAUACAGCCAGCUUCCUGUUAAGGGAUGUGCCCACAAGAGAAAACAUUGCUUGCUUUCCUGUGUAAUCUAUGAAAAACAUUCGUGUUCGACGUUUUUUUUUUACAGAUUACUUUCUAAGCACUCUUUUUAGACAAAUAGCCUACCACUUUUUGAGUUGGCAUGAAUAACAUGAAUUCAACUUAUGUGAAUCUGUUUUCCCAAGCACAUUAAAUAAAUCAGAUUUGAUGACCCAAGAGAUUGUAAAAAAUAUCCAAUUACAGCAUACAUAGCCAACUGAAGCUUGAAAUCCUGUCAUGUCCAUUCUUUUCCCACAUUCAAGUUGUAGCCUAGGCCUACUUGGGCCCCUAGCCCUGGGUGAGGUUUUUACUCCACCUAUGGUGCGCUAGAGAGAAGCCCUACAGUUGGCUAGAGCUAUUGCAGAUGGUGGCUGAAGAUUUCAGC